AUGGGCGAUUCUCUUUCAGGUCAAAGCAUCACCGAGCUUUCGCAAUUGAACAAGUUCAACAGCAAGAUUACCACGACAACGGCGGACGAAUUCUCUGUACAUGAUCCCCAUGGUAGCAUGCAGGCAAACACAGCACAAGCUCCGCACGCUCCAGACGAGGCAACCUUUGUUACGGCCACCAAAUCCAGGUUACGGCGACUCAUGAGAAGUAGGGCGUGCAGCCUCAGAUUCCGCAGACGUCGAGCGGAGGACACGGUCGAUAUGGAGGCAGCAGAGAAGGCCUCGAAGGAGGAGGUUAAUGCGAGGAUAGCACAGAGCGCCAUGGAGGAUGCGAUGGAGGAGAUGAAUAGGACGCUCGCCAUGUGGGACUGGGACAAGAUCAAGCGGGAGAUGGACCGGGAGAAGCUGGGGACGCUGGAGGAGGCGCUAAACUCGCAUCCGCUGCCCUGGACAUGA